AUGGCUCCUCAUACCUCGGGAGGCAACGCUGCCUUUCACAACUUCCACAACGACUAUGCACACAUUGAGGAUCCCAAUGAGCGCCGACGUCUCGCGCUGGCUGAGAUUGACAAGGCUCCCUUCGGCUGGUAUCACGUGAGAGCGGUCGUGGUGGCUGGCAUCGGUUUCUUCACUGAUGCGUACGACAUCUUCGCCAUCGGUCUCGUCACGAGCAUGAUCGGAAUAGUAUACUGGCAAGGCACCUCUUUCGACGGCGCCAUCCCGAACAAGGUCUCGACUGGUCUCAAAGUUGCAACUUCUGGUGGUACCGUCAUUGGACAACUCGCUUUCGGCUGGCUCGCAGACGUUGUCGGCAGGAAGAAGAUGUACGGCCUCGAGCUGAUCAUCAUCAUCUUCGCCACGCUCGCGCAAGCCCUCUCGUCCUCCUCCGAGGCAAUCACAAUCGCAGGCGUUCUGAUCUUCUGGCGUGUGCUGAUGGGUAUCGGCAUUGGCGGUGACUACCCGCUUAGCGCCAUCAUCACAUCUGAAUUCGCCACCACGAAAUGGAGAGGUGCCAUGAUGGGCGCGGUCUUCGCCAACCAAGGCUUUGGCCAGCUCGCCGCCGGCAUCAUCACUCUCAUCGUCACCGCAGGUUUCAAAGGCUCGCUCUCGUCCGCCGUCGAUGCCGAGCACUGCAGUGGUCCUUGCAAACUCGCCGUGGACGUUAUGUGGCGUACCGUCAUCGGCAUGGGCGCCGUCCCCGGCUGCAUUGCUCUUUACUUCCGCCUCACCAUCCCCGAGACGCCCCGAUACACCUUCGAUGUCUCCCGCGACAUCGUCAAGGGCGGCUCCGACAUCAAGGCCUAUCUCGCCGACAAGCCCGAGGGCCACCCCGACGACCUUACCCGCGUGCAGAAGAUGCAGGAGUCCGAGCAGCUGACCAUCCCCAAGGCCUCCUGGCGCGACUUCUUCGGCCACUACUCGCAGUGGAAGUACGGCAAAGUGCUCCUCGGCACGGCAGGCUCAUGGUUCUUCCUCGACGUCGCCUUCUACGGCGUCGGCCUCAACAGCCCCGUCAUUCUGAGCGGGAUUGGCUUCGCCGACUACAACAACGUGUACGAGUACUACCGCAACGUCGGUGUCGGCAACAUCAUCUUGGUGCUUGCGGGCGCCAUCCCGGGCUACUGGGUCACCGUCGCGACCGUAGACCGCAUCGGGCGCAAACCCAUCCAGCUCGCCGGCUUCGCCAUCCUCACCGUCCUCUUCUGCAUCAUCGGCUUCGGCUACCACGUCAUCGGCACCGGCGGCCUCAUCGCCUGCUACGUGCUCGCCUACUUCUUCUUCAACUUCGGCCCCAACGCCACCACCUUCAUCGUCCCGGGAGAAUGCUUCCCCACCCGCUACCGCAGCACAAGCCACGGCAUCUCCGCCGCAUCCGGCAAAAUCGGCGCCAUCAUCGCCCAAGUGCUCAUCGGCCCGCUGGCAGUCAAGGGCGCCACAAAGACCGACAAGGACCCGUGGCUCAACCACGUCAUGGAGAUCUUCGCGCUCUUCAUGCUGCUCGGCUUCUUCACCUCGCUUUUCAUCCCGGAGACGAAGCGCAAGACGCUCGAGCAGUUGGCCGGCGAGGUGCCGGGCACGCCCGAGUACGACCCGCGUCUUGCGGGCGGUACUGGUCAGACGUCUGAUGAUUACUCGGGCGAGUACUCGGCUGAGUACUCGAAUGAGUCUGCUGCUCCUCUUAAGAAGUGA